GUGUGUGUGUGUGUGUGUGUGUGUGUGUGUGUGUGUGUGUGUGUGUGUGUGUGUGUGUGUGUGUGUGUGUGUGUGUGUGUGUGUGUGUGUGUGAGUGUGUGAGUGAGUGAGUGAGAGAGAGAAUGGGAGUGUCCUCAGUCAGAGUUACUCUCUUUUUCUGUCAGUAGUUAUCACUCCACUAAAUGCGUCCUCCGGCGAAAGGCAGUGACACCGGGAGGCUUGAAUCUUGAGUUUGUGAAGCAGACAAACAUGGAUUUGAUGGAGCUGAUUUUCAUCCUCCUUGGAGCAGCUAUUUGUGUGUACUACGGAUGGAAACUGCUGCUCUUCAGCAGGAUGCUUUUUCCAAAGCGAUGCUUUCCGCUGUCUGAAACCUUCUUCACAUCCAUGGGCGACUGGGCAGUGGUGACAGGCGCUUCAGAGGGCAUAGGGAGAGCUUAUGCAUUUGCACUUGCAGAGAGAGGAAUGAACGUCGUCAUCAUGAGUCGAACCAAAGCAACACUGGACCUCCUGGCCAAAGAAAUAGGUGAAGCCACAGGGCAGAAGGUAAAAGUGAUAGUGGCAGACUUCAGUUGUGACAACACCUUUAGGGAGAUUGAAGAGCAGCUAAUGGACCUCAACAUCGGGGUUUUGGUAAACAAUGUAGGCGUGCUACCCUCUAUCAUCCCUUGUAAAUUCCUUGACACAGAGAAGCUGGAAAAGACUAUAACAAUGGUGAUAAACUGCAAUGUGAAAACGAUGAUGAAGAUGUGCAAAGUAGUCCUUCCAGAUAUGGAAAAAAGGAGAAAAGGGCUGAUUGUCAACAUUUCAUCAGGGAUCUCUACUUUCCCGUUCCCUUUGUACACUCUUUAUGCUGCGUCAAAGGUAUUUGUGGAGAGAUUUUCUCGAUGUUUGCAAGCGGAAUAUGAAUCAAAAGGGAUCAUUAUACAGGCCGUGGUUCCAUUUGGGGUCUCCACGCGCAUGGCGGGUUACCAGAAAACCAAUAUGGUGACUCUGUCCCCAGAAGACUUUGUUAAAACCUCCAUGCAGUACCUGAGAGCUGGAGACAAAACACACGGCAGCAUCUGCCACACAGCUCUGGGUUGGUUGAUGCAGUGCAUUCCCCUAAAGGUCCUCCAUUCUGAAUUUCUGCUACAACACAUGCAAUAUUACGUCAAGAAGAAAAUGACAAAGAAGCAAUUGAUGUCUGCAAAAACGGCACCGUCUGAAAACAGAAAACACUAAAUACGAUGUGACUACAGCGUUAGUUAUGGACCUUUUGAAUGUUUGUUUUGUGGGUUUAUUUUUAGCGUGUGCGAUCAUAGUGGACCAUUUUUACUGUAAUGCAGGUAACAAUCAAACGAGAUGAAUGAAACAGGGUUUAGGGGUCUGCAGCUGCAGCACUGAGGCCACAUGCAGUGGCUCUUUUACCAAAAUAAAAACAGAAACGAUUUCUCUUCGUAGCCACAAUAAGAAAGCUAGUUUUAGCUGUUUUCUCCUCUGAUUUUACGGAAAUUUGUGACUGAAAUUUCUGAUGCUAAUAAUACUAAUAGAUCGUUAUUCCAACUUGCAGUCAUACGUGCUUUAUUUUAUUCUACCACAAGAAUUAAACAUUUUAAAGCUUAUUUAUGCUAAAUGAUAAAGUGCAAGGUUUGCACUAGAAGGAAGAUUAUAUGAAGGAAGGUCUUUUUAACUUUAGAAGGAAUUAUGUAAAUCUUGGUGAAACUGAACCAAAUUUUAUGUUCAAUGUUAUUUCCUAGGAUACAAACUCUUUUAUUUUGAAUGUGGAUAUUAAUGAUUCUUCCACAAAUAUAGAAACAGUUCAGAUAUACAUGUACGGUGUAGGACAUCACUUAGAAAAUUACUACAUUGACUCAGGAAAAACUUUGCCAGAUAAAACAGAUUCAGGAGAACAUUCUGUUGGUGGCACAGAUGCCAGAGGCAGUUUGACCUCAUGGCCGACGGUGGUAGACGUCCUAAUACGAACACCGUAUACGUACAGGUGAAACUUGAAAAAUUUGAAUAUUUGGUAAAAGUUUAUUUAUUUCAGAAAUUCAACUUAAAGGGUGAAACUUAUAUAUCAGAUAAACUCAUGCCAAGCAAAGCCAGAUGUUUCAAGCCUUUAUCUGUUAUAAUUGUGAUGAUCAUGGCUUGCAGUCAAGCCCCCACAAUGCGGGACAGAAAUUGAGGCCAAUGCGGAAGUGAAAUAAAUUGCAGUUCCACCCUCAUCCGCUGGGGGCUGGUGUCAGAAGCGAGUAAAUCCUCUUUGACUCCCAUGUUAAAAAUACCAAUUUCACAGCAGAAAUAAACAUGUUUACAGCCUGGUACCAAAUCAUGUUUUUGGUUUAAAUUAUCUAGUUUACACUCAACUCUGAGGGGGGUGAAUUUUUUUCUCACUCUUCUGUUUAAGUGUAUCAAAAGCCUAAAAUUCUGUAUAGUUAAUGAGCAUCAGACCCACGUGACCACAGAGCUAGCUCCGGGGAAAGGCCUCAGCCUGAAAACUGUUCGGUCAUUUUCAGUCUCUCAACUUAGACCAGUAGUUGUAGCGUUUGUGUUUUCUUUUUUGGAUAUUAUUUGUGCAAUUGUUGGACAAAAUGACUUGCUGUGGCAUUAAUUGCACUAAUAGAGCGUCCAAGGAGUCUCCACUUCAUUUUUUCGGUAAGUAAAAUUAUAUUUAUGUAUUUUAGGUCACUGCCGAGCUGAGCUUAGAUUUUAACAUGUACUGUUUAACCAUGAAAUUUAAAUGUAAUAGGGUAAAACCCAGUGCAUUUAACAUAAUGCUGCACUUUAGAAAAUGGGUUGAAAUACAACACGUUGGUGGAGCUGGGUUCCGACUAUCGGCUUGUGGAGCUCUCAGGAGACUUCUGUUUUCCACCUGGUUCUCCCCUCCCCGCAGCUCGGCACAUCUCUGUCUGAUUGCGGCUCCUGUCUGCUGCGCGGGCUGCCGGCUUGUGGAGCUCUCGGGAGACCUCUGUGUUCCACCCGGUUUUACCCAGCGGUCAGCCCGGCGUAUCUCUGACUCAGAAGCUCUGGUGUUGUGCACAGUUAACUCUGGUUGUAGCUAGGUUGCUACCUCCGUUAGCUUAGCUCCCACCUCCACGUUAGCUUUGGGUUAGCUUCAGGUUAGCUUGUAGCUAGUUCGACUGGUGUCAUCAGUUGAUCCCAGCCUUACAGCCCCACCCUCAGCUCCACCCCUCUUCCCUUUUGUGGAAUUGUCUGGGCUUGACGGAACCUGUGACACGGUCAAAAUGGCGGUGGUGGCCACCUCCCAGUUCUCCUCAAAAACGUGUUAUUGGAGCCUAUGGAAAUGAAUUGUCCAGUAUAUAUGUCGAUGCUUGCAGCUUAUGAAAUGGCAAGAAUUCAAAAUCUCAGAAAUGUCGGAAAAUUUGAAUAUUGUGAAAAUAAUCAACAUUCUACGCUCAAAGUGUCACACUCUGAUCAACUAAUAGGUCCAAAACACCUGCGAAGGGUUCCUGAGCCUUUAAAUGGUCUCUCGGUCUAAGCCGUAUCACUGAAACAAAUAAACUUUUGCACCAUAUUCUGAGAGUUCCAGUUUCACAUGUAUGUGAAAAGACAUUUCUAUUGUUCAAACCUGCAAAGACCCUAAUUGCACCUCUAGAAUAAUGUUUUUUUUAUAACAAAGGGAAACAACUUGUUCAUUUGGUUGAUAAUAAAUGUUGCAGAUGCCAGAAGAACUCUCUUGCAGUUCCAUAUUUAAACACUAGAAGUGCUGUUUCUGACAACUGUGUAAAUCACUAACCUCACCCGUGACCCCUGAUUUAAUUCUGUAUUCAAACAUGCACUAAAACAAACUGUUCCUAAAUGUAUGUCCAUGUUUAGAAAGACUGAAGACUGUUUUCUUUUUUCUGUAAAUGUAAAAUGCUUUGAUGACAUCUUUGCUUAAUGCACAAUAUUCCUUCUGAUGUAGCAAUUUUUUCAACUUAUAAAACCUCACUUAUUGUAAUAUUUAAUUGUACAAAUUGUUUUUAUGCUUUUCUGUAUUUGAGCAUAUUUGUGUGUUGUAUAUGGAAAAUAUGGAAAUAGGGUGUCCUCGAUAGUCAUUAUCACAUUUAAGUUGCUUCCUUGUUCAUUUACACCUGACAUCAACAUCUGCAAAAUCCUUUAAAUCACCUACUGAUAAAGGCAGGCGUGUUGAAGCAGAGAAACCUCCAAAGCAUGUUGAAUAUGGACCCUGGAGAAACAGGGUUGGGCACCACUGAUAAAGGCUAGACGUGAUCAACAUUUCAUAAUUAAAUUUGUGAUGAUUCAAAAGAAAAAUAAA